AUGGGCAACCUCAGGAUCAAUUCCUCUGAUGUUCCCAGCUUUAUUCUGAUUGGUUUUCCAGGAAUGGAGGCCAUGGAGCCCUGGCUAUCCCUUCCUCUCCUUUUAUUCUAUGCCAUCUCCAUUGUGGGCAACAGCCUCAUCCUCCUCAUUGUAAAGGAGGAACAGAGCUUGCACCAGCCCAUGUACUACUUCUUGUCCCUGCUCUCAGUCAACGACUUGGGUGUGUCCUUGUCCACACUGCCAACUGUGCUGGCUGCCCUCUGCUUCCGUGCCCGAGUGAUCACCUUUAAUGCUUGCUUGACUCAAAUGUUUUUCAUCCACCUCUUCUCUUGGACAGAGUCUGGCAUCCUUCUGGCUAUGAGUGUUGAUCGCUAUGUGGCCAUCUGCAACCCACUGCGCUAUGCUGCAGUGCUCACCAAUACCCGCAUCGCGACCAUGGGCCUGGGGACUGUCCUCCGCAGCUUUGCUCUCAUCCUGGUCUUCCCACUGCUGCUGCACAGACUGCCCUUCUGCCAUGCCCAGAAUGUUCUCUCCCAUCCCUUCUGCCUUCAUGUAGAUAUGAUUAAAUUGGCAUGUACUGAUGUCUCCCUCAAUAGCCGUUAUGGGCUGUCCAUUGUGCUGCUCACCUUUGGCCUGGACUCGGCACUCAUCCUCUUCUCCUAUGGACUCAUCCUGCGAUCAGUGCUAGCCAUCGCCUCUCGGGAGGAGCGUCUUAAGACACUCAAUACGUGUGUGUCCCACAUCUUGGCUGUGCUUAUCUUCUAUGUGCCCAUGGUUAGUGUGUCCAUUGUGCAUCGCUUUGGGACUGGCUUGCCCCCUGCUGUCCGUAUCCUGAUGUCCAUCCUCUACCUCUUUGUGCCUCCCAUGCUGAAUCCUGUCAUCUACUCCAUUAAGACAAAGGAAAUACGCCACAGACUGUUUAAGAUGCUUUUCAGGUUCAGAUUCUGA